AUGGCAGAUGGUUGGACAAAUCAGAGGCAACAACCAAUAAUUAAGUUUUUGGUUUAUUGCCCAAAAGGUACAAUGUUUUUGAAGUUUAUUGAUACAUCGGGCCUUAGAAAAGAUGCUGAAACAUUAUUUAAAAUUUUUGAUGAAGUUGUUCAAGAAGUUGGGGUGGAGAAUAUUGUGCAAUUCAUAACAGACAAUGAUGCGAGUUAUAAGGCUGCAGGAAAAAAGUUACAGCGAAAGUAUGGCUCUUUCUUUUGGUCCCCUUAUGCAGCUCAUUGUAUAGAUUUGAUGUUAGAGAAUUUUUGUGAUCCCAGACAUUUUCCUAUUAUUAAUGAAACUAUAAUGAAGGCAAGGAAGAUAACGAAAUUCAUUUAUAACCAUACUUGGGUUUUGGCUUUGAUGAGAAAGGACUUCACCAAAGGUCAUGAUUUAUGUCGCCCUGCAGUCACAAGGUUUGCUACAAAUUUUUUAAGUAUCCAAUGCUUACUGUUGUUUAAGAAAGAGCUUCGACAAAUGUUCACUUGUGAUAAGUGGAUUGUAUCAAGUUAUUCUAAAAGCAACAUAGGGAAGGAGAUAGCUGAGAUUGUUCUAGAAGAUAGAGAGUUUUGGGCUCAAUGUCAGUUUAUUGUAACAAUCAGCGAGCCUUUGGUUCGAGUACUACGACUUGUCGAUGGGGAUGAGAAGCCUGCAAUGGGAUACUUGUAUAAUGCAAUGGAGAAAGCCAAAGAGAAUAUAAAAGCAAGAUUAAAGAACAAAGUUUCUGCAUUUAUGCCAUUCAUCAGGGUCAUUGAUGCUAGGUGGGAUAAGCAGCUUCAUAGUCCAUUACAUGCAGCAGGUUGUCUUCUUAAUCCUGGAAUUUACUUUAACCCUUGCUUUAAAAGUAAAAAUAAUGUUUCUAGAGGGUUUAUGACUUGCGUUGUAAAGAUGGAACCUGAUAUUGAUAAGCAAGAUGAGAUCAUUUAA